UAGGCCUUUAGUGAAUCAGUUUUUAAGUGAUUAAUAACAAUCACAAGCAAACAAUGUCGCAGGAUAUAAUCCGUGACAUCACCGACAUGGCAAUGGGAGGGACGUCGGCCAUGUUCGCAACAUUAUUCACAAAUCCGAUUGAAGUCGUAAAAACUCGACUGCAGCUACAGGGAGAGCUGUCGAAGGGAAAACACACUGUCAUCUACAGAAACGUGCCUCAUGCAUUAUUUGUUAUAGCGAGGAGUGAGGGAUUGGUGGCCUUGCAGAGUGGCCUACCCGCUAUGCUGGGGUUUCAGUUCUGUUUAAAUACAUUCAGGUUAGGCGUGUACCGUAUAUCAGAGCGUCGUGGCUUCACCACAACUUCUGAAGGUCGGACGUCCGUAGUGCGCGGUGCCCUAGCGGCCGGCGUGGGCGGAGCCCUGGGCUCCAUCGCCGGCACGCCCUUCUUCCUCGUCAAAACCAGACUACAAGCUCAAUCCGCCAAAGCCAUCGCUGUGGGCCACCAGCAUACGCACAGCGGAACUUGGGAUGCCUUGCGAGAUAUUUAUAGAAAAGAAGGUGUUAAAGGUCUGUUUCGUGGCGUGGGACCCCAGAUACCCCGUGGUGCCGUGGGCAGUGGCUCUCAGAUGGUGAGCUUCGCGUACGCCAAGGAAUGGCUUCGGGACCGAGGUCUCUGUCAGUCACCGCUUCUUCUCUCCUUCAUGGGCGCUAAUCUAGGAGGGAUCGUUAUGACAUUGUGCCUCAAUCCCUUUGACGUUCUGGCUACACGACUUUCCAAUCAGCCUGUGGACAUCAACAACCGUGGCAAGUUAUACAAAGGUAUGACGGACUGUUUCAUUAAAAUGUUGCGCUCGGAAGGUGGUGCCGCCUUCUACAAAGGACUUGGUGCCAACUACCUGAGGCUGGGGCCCCAUACUGUCCUUCUACUGGUCUGCUGGGAUCAGCUCAAGUUGCUUGAAGAAUAUCUCAGGAGUUAGAAUAAUAUGUUGACAUUAUAUUGUACUAAUUGCCUUUUAUGAUAUGUCUUCCAAACAUGUAAUUAGUAGGUACAUAUUAAGCAUAGAACAUAACGUUGUACGAAAUAAAGACUUAAACAAAGCGUUCAAGAGAGAAGAAAUCAUCUAACAGAGAUACAGUAAGAUAGAAAUAGAAAUCGUAUCUGUUUUUAUACAGUAACAAAUUAUGAAUGAAAGUUUAGCAAACCACUAGCUAACGGACAUAUUGACAAAUAAAAUUAGUUAUCUAUUAACGGGCUAUCGGGUCGUCUAUAAUAAUAUACUAGAUAUUUUAAGACUAUGAUACAAACACUUCUAUACAUUCCUUUGUAGUCGGAAGUUAAGUAAACUACCGUCAAUUUUGCAUAAAAUCAAAAAGAAAAAGUUGAGUAUUUACUAUAUCUUUGUAUCUAUAAUUGGACGAAAUUUCAGAAAAACGUCCAAACCACAAUCAUGUCGAUAUUGAGUUAAGAACAUAAAACUGGUCACGUGAUUUAUAUUAACGGACUGACAAAAAAUGGCAGCCCUACUGUCACUCUUUUAAUGACAUCAUGGCUUAGUAGCCCAACCCACAUGUAUGGAAUACACUAAUAUUUAUUAAACUAUAAACAGGAAUUCCUUAAAAUGUGAUUUUUAUGGCUUGGAUUUUUAAGGAGCUACGUCCAAUUUACUUUUAUCCUGUCCGAGUUCCAAAAGACAUUAUUCUAAAGUGUAUGUAUAAGCGGGUGCGUAGGAGAAAAUAUGAUAUUAAAAAUCAAAAUUAGUUAUGGCGAAACAAUAGACAGACAUGCCUGAGAUUCCGAGGAAGAGAUGGUCUGCUGGGGGCCCCCGCUAAUCCUCUAGGAACUCCUGGUGCUAAAGUGUGUGACCGCUAGGCGUUUGGUGAAUGAAUGCGUUACACCGAAGACUGAUGCGAUGCGAAUAUGCCGGUGACCACUGAUGAAUGAAUAUGUGUGCGACUGUGCCCAGUGACAAUUUAUUAAGGUAAACCGGCGCGACAGUCUCAAUUGUCAUUAGACCAGCCAAAAUAAUAAUAAUAACUUUAUAAAAAAAAGCCAAUCAGAUACAAAUGCGUUUGUUGUCUAUAGGUAUCUACCUACCGACAGGAAUCUAUCCGCACUAUAGUUUGCCAUAACAAAAAAUUACAACAAAGAGAAUAAGACAAUUACGGCGCGAACAGUGUAGGUGAAAGUGCAUCAAGGUAAGUUCGAAAACUGGGCAAGUCUUGAUAAUUCAGUUGAUUUUGUGUAGUCACGCGCUCAAAACGUAGACAGAAAGAGAGUAACAGAGUAUUAUAUUUCCGUAACAUAAGCCUUGUUUAAGGGCGAGAAGUGGCGCUGUUGUGGAGACUCAUUAUUUUUUCCGAACAGAUGUUUGUGGAUUUCUCUUCUCUCAUUUUUUCUUUUCAGUUAAAGCUCUGUGAAAACGGGUAUGAUGCUAGUAGCUUUUACACAACUUAAGAUUUAGGUUUAGGUAUAAGUGUUGCUUGUAUUUUAAAUACAGGGGUGAAUUUUUUAAGUAGGCGCGUAGUCAAAUCAAAAACUACGAGGAGUAGCGAGAAGUACUCAAAGAGUCUCGGGCCAGAUUUUUAUAAAAACUGAAACUGCAUCAUAAGAUUUUUGAAAAAUCAACAUCGACGUGCUUUACACAACUAGACUCCCAAUCGCCUAUUAAAAGGUUGGCAAAAAUGUCCGAGCGGCUUUGUAUAUACGUAUGUAUACACAUUAAUUAACACCUUAUUUCGCCGCAAUAAUGUUCAAAGUCUAUAUUUAUACGCUCAGAAGAGGCCCAUUGAUUGAUGCGAAUAUAUUUUUUGUGUUGUGUACAUUAUGUCGGCGAUGUAUUUUGUUAUUUCAAUUGAAAUAUAAUUAUUUAGCAAAAUGAUUAAAAACGUCAUGUAAAUUACACAAUUUUGUUAAUUUAAUGGGGCACUUACCUAAAAUACUUAUCAUUAUUAUAUAGCCCACAUUCGUUUUAAGAUUAGAUAUGCUGUUAUUUGGACAGUUUUUUACUGAACACUUUGUCAUUGCGUGGCGCUGUAUUCAAAGCGCGGACAAAACAGAACUGAACUAAAACUCUGCCUAUUAGACGGGUACGCAGAAGUCUGAACCUUAAAAUAUUUGUAAGUCAGUAAUCAAUCCUACGAAUUAUAUAGAGGGAAGAAUGUUUCACUUAUAACAAGUUUUACAUCAUUACCAAGUUUUUUUUUUAAUUAAAUUAAAUAAUUAAAUUAAAAUUAGGUAUUAUAAAUAAAUUUAUAUCCGUUUAUUUUUUUAAUUUUCGUCCUUCAUACCUUCAUCUUAACAGUAUUUCUAAUAACAAUAACCUUUGUUUACUUUAAAUACAUAAGAGGGAUAUAGUUAAACAGCUGUUGUUUACUAAAAUAAAAUUCAAUAACAAGAA